AUGAAUUGUUUAGAGUAUUAUGCUCAGACCAACUUUGAUGCCUUUGAAACCGAGUACCGCCCUAGUUAUUAUUUUUCGGAACAUGGCAUGGACAUGAGCUUUUUGAUCAACAAUUACCACGAAUACUCAGAUUCGACCAUGGAAGAUUCAUGUGAUACCUCAACAAAAUACAUUUCAGGCCUUUCCUCUGAUAACCAUGGAUUUCUGCAGUCCAUAGCAGUCCCCCUCAAUCGCCAUGAAUUCUCUGAAUCAGCCAUGGAAGACUCAUUCAACAGCCCAACUGCGUACCCCUCAAACCAGUAUUCCAAUGGAUACCUUGAAAACCAGUACAAUGAUAACCAUGUAUUUCAGAGCUUUAUAACACCUUUUCCUGAUUACCCCAAUUCCCCUAUAGAAAUUGGGUACCCAGAAUCCAAUACCAAUUUCUCCGAAACAGAGAUUUCUGGUAGUGGGCUCUCAGAAUCUGGCAAAGUUUCCAGUAUUUCGCUCCUGAAAACGAGUGAAGUUUCUAGUAAUGGGUUCUCACAAUCCGGAGAAUUUUCGGAUCGGGUGUUCCUCAACACCACUGAAAAUUCCAAUAAUGGCUUAUCAGAAUCCAACAAAAUUCAGGUUUUCCCUGAUUCUGAGAAGCAAAUGAUCCUACCAUGGGAGGCUGAAGAAGAAGCCCAAGAUCUGCAAUUGAGCCUUCUUCACCUACUGAAAGCCCUAGGAGAAGCAAUGGAGAAGGGUUCAAGGGACCUAGCCGAUGUGAUCAUAUCUCGAAUAGCAGAGAAGGUCUCACCAGUGGGCUCGACUAUGGAACGAGUGUGUUUCAAUAUGGUUCGAACCCUUGAACCCACUUGGGCCCAGAAACAAACAGACUACUUGGUUCGAGAGGCUCAAAAGAAUUAUAUGGUGGCCCUUAGAGCCUUUUAUGAGAUCUUCCCUUAUGGGCGAUUCGCUCACUUUGCAGCGAACCAAGCCAUUAUCGAAUCCAUCCCUCAAUGGGCUGAAAGGGUUCAUAUAGUGGACUUUGACAUCGGUGAUGGCCUUCAAUGGCCUCCACUUUUGCAGGGGCUUGCGCACAGUUCGAAGGUUCGGGCUGUGCAUAUAACAGCAGUGAGGACGGAAGGAGAGCGGUUUAGAGAGACAAAGAGAAGGCUUUGUGAGUGGGCUGAGGCAGUGAGGGUGCAGUUGUGCGUGGAAGAGACGAGCAUGGUGGAGGUGAAGGAGUUGUUCAUGGAAGAGAGGGCUGGUGAAUGGGUUGUGGUAAACUAUAUGGUGGGGUUGCCCCAUAUGGGGAGCAGACGGGCCUUGGAAAAGGCUCAUGGGCUUUUGCAGGCGUGUGGGCAUGUUGGGCUUGUGACAAUGGGAAGAGGGUGUGUAGGAGAGGGUGGGUUUGAUGGAUGCCUAUUGGGCCUACAUGGGCUUUUAGAGUCCAUGGAGUGGCAGCUACCAAAGCAAGGGCUUGCAAGGACAGUUUUUGAAAGCCUGUUUUUUGGAAAUAUUGGGCCCAUCAGGCCUGAGUCGGACUUCGAGUUCAGUGGUUUGAUAGGUGUGGGGUUGAGUGAGGGAAGUGUGGUGGAGGCCAGGGAGUUGGUGAGAGCCUGUGAGGGGAGCUAUGGGGUAGAAGUGGUUGGGGAGAGACGGAACGAGAUGGUUCUGAAGUGGCGAGGGACUCCCCUCGUUCGGGUCUCGGCUUGGAGGUAG